ACUAAGGUCCAGUUAAGCAGGUUCUAUGUUUCUUUUUCAAUAAAGUUUCUGCAUCUGACCCGGAAGUAAACCUCACGUGGCGCUAACAGUUAGCUUGUUAGCAGGCUAACAGCGUUAGCUUGUGUUGAGAAGACGGCUUUGUUUUCUUGGGACGUUUAUGAGGUUUUUGGACAGAAAGGACGAUACGUGGUUCGUGUGGGAACUCCUAGCAUUUUCCAAAGUGUCGUAAAUGAGUGAAGAAGUUUUUUUUAAAUUGAAAAAGACAUUGAGGUUAACAGUUUGAGACAAUUGUGUUGAACGGAAAGACAACGUGGAUUGCUGUGAAUGUGAUUUGUGAGACUAGCAGAUGAUCGAUGAUCGGAGCUGCAGUGAAGAGGACGGCGGUGUUUGUGGGAGUUGGAGCUGAAGAUCGGAGCAGGAACCAUGUCUUCAGAACCUCAGGAAGGUUCUGUCAGAGAACAACUUUCUGCUGCUGAAGGAACCAUCGUCCAGAACGAGGAGGAGCUCUGUCGUCAGCGCAGACUGCUGGAUAUCAGCUGGAACCCGCAGCUUCAGCUACACAUCGCAGUCCUCCCCCAGCAUUGGACGACUGAAGAAGAAGAUCUCUGCAACCAGCAGAUGAACUUCAUAGUGGAACAAGAGGAACUAGAACCUCCACAAAUUAAAGAGGAACAGGAGAAACUACAACCUCCACAGAUUAAAGAGGAACCAGAGGAACCAGAACCUCCACAGAUUAAAGAGGAACCAGAGGAACUCUGCAUCAGUCAGGAUGAAGAAGGAAAUCAACAUGAAGAAUCAACAUCAACUACAAAUGAAGAGACAGACCCACAGAAUAGAGAUCAGAGGAAGAGAAGAGACAGAAGUCAUGUCCAAAGUCUGGACAGCUCUCACACAUCAGAAGUCCUCCCCCAGCAUUGGGUGACUGAAGAGGAAGAUCUCUGCAACCAACAAAGGAACUUCAAAGUGGAGCAGGAGGAACAAGAACCUCAACAUUUUAAAGAGGAGCAGGAGGAACAAGAACCUCCACAUUAUAAAGAGGAGCAGGAGGAACAAGAACCUCCACGUUAUAAAGAGGAGCAGGAGGAACAAGAACCUCCACAUUAUAAAGAGGAACCAGAGGAGGUCUUCAUCAAUCAAGAUGAGGAGCACCUUGAUAUGAAGCAGGAGGCCGAUACCUCGAUGGAGAUUCUUACACAAUUUUCCUGUAAAGAAUGUGAAAAAAGUUUUUGUAACAGAUUUAGUCUCAAGAGACACAUGAGAACUCACACAGGAGGGAAGACUUUUUCUUGUAAAGAAUGCAAAAAAAGUUUUAAGUGUGUAUCUCAUCUCAAAACGCACAUGAGAGCUCACACAGGACAAAAGCCUUUUUUUUGUGAAGAAUGCGAGAAACGUUUUGGUACUGUAUCUCAUCUCAAAACACACAUGAGAAUUCACACAGGAGAAAAGAAUUUUUCUUGUGAAGAAUGUAAAAAAAGUUUUAGUACUGUCUUUAAUCUCAAAAGGCAUAUGACAACUCAUUCAGGAGAGAAGCCUUUUUCUUGUGAAGAAUGUGAUACAAGUUUUAGUACUGUCUCUAAUCUCAAAGCACACAUGAGAACUCAUACAAGAGAAAGGCCUUUUUAUUGCGAAGAAUGUGAAAAACGUUUUCGUACUGUAUAUCAUCUCAAAACACAUAUGAUAACUCACACAGGAGAAAAGCCUUUUUCUUGUGAAGAAUGUGAAAAAAGUUUUAGAACUGUAUUUCAGCUUAAAAUACACAUGAGAAGUCAUACAGGAGAAAAGCCAUUUUCUUGUGAAGAAUGCGAAAAAAGAUUUCGUACUCUAUCUCAUUUCAAAACACACAUGAAAUCUCACACAGGAGAAAAGCCUUUUUCUUGUAAAGAAUGUGACAAAAGUUUUAUUGAUAUGUAUAGUCUCAAAAGACACAUGAGAUUUCACACAGGAGAAAGGCCUUUUUCUUGUAAGGAAUGUGAAAAAAGGUUUGGUGAUAUAUCUCAUCUCAGAAAGCACAUGAGAACUCACACAGGAGAAAAGCCUUUUUCUUGCACAGAAUGUGAAAAAGGUUUUUGUGUUGUAUCUGAUCUCAAAAGACACAUGAGAACUCACACAGGAGAAAAGCCUUUCUCUUGUAAGGAAUGUGAAAAAAAGUUUGGUGAUAUAGCUUAUCUCAGAAAGCACAUGAGAACUCACACAGGAGAAAAGCCUUUUUCUUGUACAGAAUGCGAAAAAAGUUUUUGGAAAAUAUAUGAUCUCAAAAUACACAUGAGCACUCACACAGGAGAUAAGCCUUUUUCUUGUACAGAAUGUGAAAAAACUUUUAGUUGUAGCAGUCAUCUCAAAACACACAUGAAAACUCACACAGGAGUAAAGCCUUUUGCUUGUACAGAAUGUGAAAAAAGUUUUAGUAAAAUACAUAAUCUUAAAAUUCACAUGAGAGCUCACACAGGAGAAAAGCCUUUUUCUUGUAAGGAAUGUGAAAAAAGUUUUAGUUGUACCAGUCAUCUCAAAACACACAUGAGAACUCACACAGGAGAAAAGCCUUUUGCUUGUACAGAAUGUGAAAAAAGUUUUACAAAAAUACAUAAUCUCAAAAUUCACAUGAGAGCUCACACAGGAGAAAAGCCUUUUUCUUGUAAGGAAUGUGAAAAAAGUUUUAGUUGUAGCAAUCAUCUCAAAAGACACAUGAUAACUCACACAGGAGAAAAGCCUUUUUCUUGUGAAGUAUGUGAAAAAAGAUAUAGUACUUUAUUUCGUCUCAAAACACACUCAAUCACUCACAGAGGAGAUAAACCUCUGAAAAUGUGAAUGUUUUAAAUUACGUUUUUAAUGUUUAAAACUAAUGACCUCUAGGUCCUCGUCCUGAAUGCAGGUUAUGUGAGUUACUACAGUAAAUUUGAGGGAAAUGAAGCAGAUAAUCUCAGCUUUCGGUUCCAAAAACGGAGGUAUGUUUCAGGGUAUGUCAAGUUGCCAUAGCAACUUGUGCUAUAAACAUAACCUGGUCUGGAGCAGGUUUAGUUGAAAGUUAGUUUGGUGUCAGAAAGGUGACAGAGCAUGGCGGACCCAUUUGAAGCUUAUUGAUUAUUGAAGACCGGUUUGAUGUCUAGCAAAAUACUCAUAGACCGGUACGUUAUAUGUGACUGACACAUGCUGCAGCAACGCUGCAAUAAAGGCAGAGACACGUGAUAUGACAUACUCUGAACUUUUAUUUUGACAUGCUAAACAUUGUACAUCGCACAGGUGUCGUCAUCCUCUCCCCUUCCCACACUCAUGGUGCUAAAAAGAAGUAAACACAA